UUUUGUUUAUAAUUUCGUAUUGGUGGUUAGGAUCGAACUUUUUCUAUACUGUAACUGUCUAUACUUUCUAAAUUUGUGAAGUAAUAAAUUUGAGCUAAUUAUUGUGUUAUUAAUGUUAUAUUUUUAGUUACAAUUCAAUCAUUUUAAUUCAACUUCAUCUUAUUAUUUUAAUUUUCAGGAACCGGUAUGUUUGGAUUGUUAUCUCUGUAAGAAUGGCUACUGUGGAGAGCCCCCUGAAUGGAAAUAAACUUUUAAGUGACAGUGAAUUGAAUUCAGAAGAAAAUGAAGAGAACAUUACUGAACUUCAAGAAGAUUGGGGUGAAGAAUACAAUGAUGUGGUGACAUUCCUUUGCGGUCUACACCUAAACCAGUAUGUGGAGACUUUUGUUGAUCAGGGCAUAAACCUGGAUAUUUUUUUGAACCUGAGUGAAGAUGAUUUAUGUCACAUCGGGAUGACAGAUUCAAAACAUCGGGCAUCAUUGCUGCAAGGAAUUUCACAACUGAAGCAGAACAAACGUAAGAUGUCAGACACGGUACAGCUGUCAGAUCUCAGUUCAGAAGAGGUGAAUGCCAUGAUGGGAAACACGUUUAAACAUUUGACAGUGAUACAUGCGUCACUCGCUCACAUGCGGCUCAACUUGCGUAAUCCCUGCGUACACAACUCGCUGAUCAACCUGAAACUGACGUCAGCUGGGCUGCUGGAGAUAUUAUCUGCUGAGGCGGACAUCCAAGCGCAACUCGUCAUGAACCAAGCAAACGCUCUGCUCGCCAAGAAACCUGGAACAGUGGACAGAUCUUCCACUACUAGAUGGAAAUUUAAACUGACAGUGUUAUCAGGCAUUGGCAUUAUUGUGUGGUUUGUUGUUUUACGCUAAAAAAGCAUUGUAAUUUAAAUAAGUACUGAUGUAAGAUCCCAAAUUGUGAUAUUUUCUGUAAGUUUUUUACGUUGAAUAUAUUUGUAACAUAUUUGAAAGAAUAAAAAAUGUAUAAGUAAUU